GAUCGUCGUGCCACUCAUCGUUUGGUUCUGCAGCUUUGUUACACUUGCCAUCUCCCCCGUUGAUAUCAGCUGGAAUCUUUUUUGCCGUCUUUACCAUCUUUUGCAAUCAACGGCAAAGUUCUCUUCAAAUCCUAAGCAGGUCCUUUUCAAGGUCAGUGGCAGAAACAUCAGGCAAUAUGAUGUCCCUCCGAGCGAUCGCGCGCGCCGCGCCGAGAACUCUGGCUCGCGCUUCUGCUGCAUCCUCCAUCACCCGCUGCCAGCGCACAAGCGCCAGCAUUCUCCAUGCCCGCCCCGCCGCCUUCCUCCGUCCCCAGCAAGCUUCUGCCUUCUCUUCAUCAGUCUUGAGGAGAGCGCCGGCCGGCGAGGUGGACGAGGAACUGUCGGCCAAGCUGGCCAGCGAGAUCGAGUUUGAGAACGACGUCAGGGAGAACGAGCCACUGCCUGCGAGCAUCAAGGAUUUUCUCGACAACAGCCCGUUCCAGCUUGAGGAUAUACCCGGCCGGGAAGACGUUACGCUGACCCGCACGUUCGGAGAUGAGAAGAUUACUGUGACCUUCUCCAUUGCCGACCUGCACCAGUUCGACUCGGGCAUGAUGGACGAGGACCCGGCCCUCGACGACGAGAUGGACGCCCUUGAGAGCGGCCGCGAUGGGCGGGGCCAGCAGAACGCCCAGGGCGGCGCUGCUGACCUCAGCGAGGACGAGGGCCAUGACGACUUGGGACCAGAGGAUUCGGUCGCGCCCGCGCGGUUGAACAUUGUCAUUGAGAAGCCCGGCAAGGGCGCGCUCAACGUCGAGGCGCUCGCUCAGGACGGAACCAUCGUGGUGGAGAACGUCUUUUACUACAAGGAUGCCAAGCUGGCGCACAGCUCUAGCCCCGAGGCAGUACACGCCGCCCAGGAUACUUACCCGGGCCCGCCGUUUGGCAACCUCGACGAGGAUCUGCAGAUCCUGAUGGAGCGGUACCUCGAGGAGCGGGGCAUCACGCAGUCCCUGGCCAUGUUUGCCCACGACUACAUGGACGUCAAGGAGCAGCGGGAGUACGUGUCAUGGUUGAACAACGUCAAGGCCUUUGUUGAUGCUUAAACGGAGGAAACGGGAGGGAGAAAGCGGCUAGAAGGGUGCCUUUCUGUGCUGUAUGAUGAUUGUGUUAUUUUCACUUGCCACUCUACUAGACGACAACGAAACUGUAUGUACGAUAGGUGUGAUUGGUCUUAAUCACUGAGGAUACCUUUUUAACGAGAAUCAAAAGGACGGUAAAGAGGGAACAUGAUACUGUUAGUUAAUUUGCUCUACAAAUCAUUAUUGGAAUCUCUCAUUAGGUGAGGC